AUGUAUAACGGCAUUGGUUUGACGACACCUCGUGGUUCAGGAACCAACGGGUAUGUCGUGCGCAAUUUAUCCUAUGUCAGACCCCCUCCCACCGAUCGGAAUAAGAUGGCUUCUUACGACGACUUGAAAGUCAUUCCUGCAGCCAAAGCACCCAACAAAGAUAUCUUGCUUCAUGAUCGUAAACGCAAUAUAGAAGUGAAAUGUAUGGAACUCCAGAUCAAGCUCGAAGACGAAGAUGUGCCCCUCGAAGAGAUUCGAAAGCAAGUGGAAGAACUGCGUGAACGUCUUUCAGCCGACAUGGACAGUGUACAACGCGAUGUGAAAAAAUUGGCAGAGCAUGAGACCCAUCAACUGAAUGCUGCAAAAGAAGUUGAAAACAAGGCCAUGAUGAAGGCGUUGGGAAUCAAAGAAACCGAAUAUGUCGAAGGAGCGGCUUUUGAUCGAGAAUUACAAGAACAGAAGAAACAAGAGAGAUUAGCAAGUCGAGCCGCUAAAAUGGAAGCCCAACGUGUACGUGCCGAACAACGUGAAAAGGAACGAUUACGUAUAGAGAAAGAAAUGAGAAAGCGCAGAAGAUCCCUGGAAAGAGAACGUCAUCGCCGCAGUCCCAGUCCUAAUCGUCGUGGUCGACGUCGUCCCAGUGCCAGUCCCGAACGAUAUAGCCGUCGUCGUCGCAGCGUGAGUUCUAGUGGCUCAAGUCGAAGCCGUAGCCGCAGUCCAGAUGAUGAGCGUCGAGGACGACGUCGUCGUAGCCUCAGUUCAAGCAGUCGAAGCCGAAGUCGAAGUCCUAGUGUAGACCGUCAUCGUGGUCGUCGCCGUAGUCUCAGUUCCAGCAGCGUCAGUUCUCGAAGCCGCAGUCCGACUCCCGACCGCCGUGGACGUCGUCGUGGUCGCAGCAUUAGCCGCAGUCCCAGUAUUGACCGUCGUCGACGUCGUGGCAGUGUCAGUUACAGCAGCUCAAGUCGAAGCAGAAGCAGAAGCAGAAGCAGUGCCAGUUCUCGUAGUCGCAGUCGCAGCCCUUGA